GUCUCUCAAUAUCAACAUGAUCCGUCCGACACCAACUGGGCUGCGGUCAAGCGUAUUCUACGCUACCUCAGAGGCACCCUCGAUCAAGGUCUAUGCAUCAGCCACUCCGCCUCCUCCAACAUACACGGCUACUCCGAUGCAUCUUGGGCGUCCUGCCCACAGGAUCGCAAAUCCAUCACCGAGUUUGCAGUGUUCUACGGAUACAACCUCAUCUCCUGGUCCACUCGCAAACAGCAAUCCGUUGCCCGAUCCUCCACGGAGUGUGAAUACCGAGUGCUUGCCACCGUUGCCUCUGAGGUCAUCUGGCUACAAUCUCUCCUCACUGAACUUGGGCAACCUCUCCGCCAGUCUCCAAUUUUAUGGUGCGACAACCUGGGUGCCACCUUCCUUGCCCACAAUCCGGUCUUUCAUCACCGUUCCAAGCACAUGGAAAUCGAAUUUCACUUUGUCCGUGAUCGGGUACAUAAGAAACAGCUACGGGUCCACUAUCUUCCAGCUCAAGACCAAAUCGCCGAUGUCCUCACCAAACCACUACCUCGUCCCUCCUUCCUCCGGUUCUGUGACAAGUUCCGCCUUUCCUCGGCUUCACUUGCGGGGGCGUGAUAACGGAUACAACAGUGGGUUGUUAGCCCACGUCUCCAUUCCCCACUUCUCUCUAUUCUGUUCCUGAACUUCAGCUCACUACCGUUGCUUUCCCUCCUGUAAACCAGCACUCUGUUAUUCCUUUGUACUUUAAGUAGAAUGAUCAAUAAGACCAACACAAGCAUUGCAGCAUUCACAGGAGACACUGAGUAUUAGUUAGGGUGUUUGAGUAGGAUUGGCAAGUGACGCGCCGAGAGAUAUAUUAUUAUAAAGGCGGAACGGAUAGGUUACAGAAAGAGAAAGUGUAGAUAGAGAAAGUUAGAGAGAGAAUGGUUUUUGUCUUUAUGGUCGAUCUCUUUCUCUCCGUAGUAAAUGCUGUAUAUAUAUGCCCGUUGUGGUAGGUGAAGCAUACAACUUGAAGUUGUACCUUUAACGUUAUGGUACAACUUCAGAUUGUACACAUACUCUUUUGUACAAUUUUUUUUUAUAGUACAACUUAAGCUUGUAUUUUCAUGUGAUGGUGCAACUUUAAGUUAUAAAGUUGCACCAUAAUAUAAGAGUACAAAUUCU